AUGGGGAAAAAGAUUUGCCUGUCGCGGAGACCCGACUCAGUGAUAUUCGAGGCGAAGAGAAACACCUACAGUGAGGUCUUGGCUUUGGUCACCAGGAAGCGACGAAAAACUGCAGGAGCUGGGGAAGAACGUGCACAAGGUCCGCUGCACAGGGACGAAGACCAAAGCGCAUCGCUGAUGAAGAGCGAUCUGGAGGCGGUGCUAGAUAGAGUCGCAUCUGUGCGAGUAUUGACAAAGGACUCGAGGAUGGAAUUUCUUUCGAUCAGCGACUUGGACCCACUAGUCGCUACAGAGGACCUAUCAAAGGCGUUGGGAUACCCAACGGCUAUAGUAGACCUGCCGUGCAGCGAGGCGCAAGCGGACCUUGCCAAGGGAAAGCUGAAAGUGGGAUGGAAAAUCUGUGGAGUUAAAGAGGGCGAGUCCACCCCUAGGUGUUUUAAGUGCCUAGAGCUCGGCCACAUUGCGGCGCAAUGCAAGAGCCCUGAAAAUCGCAGCGGCUUCUAUAUCAAGUGCGGGCAAACCGUGCACAUUGUUGCUAGCUGCACUCAAGAGGCCAAAUGCUCCUCAUGCACUAGUGCCAGGAGAGCUGACGCCAAUCACAUUGCGGGCAGCAGCAGUUGUCCUUUGAGCUAA